AUGAGUCGUGGUGCAGCUGCUGGAGCCAAGGGAAAGAAGAAGGUGGCAACAUUCACCAUUGACCGUAGUAAGCCAGUGGAAGACAAGAUCAUGGACAUUGCUUCCUUUGAGAAGUUUCUUCAAGAAAGGAUCAAGGUGGGUGGCAAAGGUGAUACUCUUGGUGAUUCUGUCACCGUUACCUUGGAGAAAUCCAAGAUUACUGUUACCUCUGAUAGCGACUUUUCCAAGCGCUAUUUGAAGUAUGUUAUCAAAAAGUAUUUGAAGAAGCAUAAUCUGAGAGAUUGGCUUAGAAUUAUUGCCUCAAUGAAAGAUAGAUAUAUCUAUGAGGUGAAGUACUUUAACAUUUCUGAGAACGAGGGAGAGGAAGAACAUUAUUUCUGA